AAGCUGAAUAAAAAGUGCAGUGAGCUAAAAUAAAUGCAAAACGCAAGAGAAUUAAAACAAAAGAGAGAACUGUAGAAAAGUAAUAGCAUAUAAGACGCAAAAUAUCUUAAACUGGAUUACAAUGCAGUUGCAGCGCAGCAGACGUCGCUGCCGCGGCGCCGCACAAUACACUAUUUGGAUUAACAAAAUGCUAGCGGGCGUCGCGCUGCUGCUGCUGUUGCCGUCGCUGCUAACAACAAGCGCUGAAGCGACGGAGUCCAGCUCAUCGCUUGCCGUUUCCUGCAGCACACUGGGCUGCAAAAAUGGCGGCACCUGCAUGACACAAGCCAAUGGCAAAUCCUACUGCCUUUGCGAUACACGAUAUGUUGGCGGCUACUGUGAGCAUCGGAAUCCCUGCCUGGCGGGACAUGGACGCUGCCAGAACGGCGGCACCUGUCAGGUGGCCUUUCGCAAUGGCCGGCCCGGCAUCUCGUGCCUCUGUCCGCUUGGCUUUGAGGAAUCGCUCUGCGAGAUAGCGGUACCCAAUGCCUGCGAUGAGGCGCGCUGCUUCAACGGCGGCACUUGUCAGCUCAAAACGUUGCAGGAAUACACUUGUCUCUGUGCCAAUGGCUAUACGGGUGAACAUUGCGAGACGCAAAACUUGUGCGCCAGCUCGCCUUGUCGCAAUGGCGGCACCUGCACUGCCCUCGCCGGCAGCGGCAGCUUUACGUGCAACUGUCCGGCUGGCUUCACGGGUCACACCUGCUCCGAGGAUGUCGAGGAAUGUCGUUCAAAUCCCUGUCAAUAUGGCGGCACUUGUGUCAACACGCAUGGCUCCUAUCAAUGCAUGUGCCCAGCUGGCUAUACUGGCAAGGAUUGUGAUACCAAAUAUAAGCCUUGUUCACCCUCACCUUGUCAAAAUGGAGGCACAUGUCGUGCCAAUGGACUCACAUACGAUUGCAAAUGCCCCAGUGGCUUCGAAGGCAAAAACUGCGAAUCGAGCUUUGACGACUGCUUUGGACAUUUGUGCCAAAAUGGCGGCACCUGCGUGGACGGCAUCAAUGACUAUCGCUGCAACUGCCCACCGAACUUCACGGGACGCUACUGCGAUGCGGACGUGGACGAGUGCGCAAUGCGUCCCUCGGUUUGCCAGAACGGCGCCACCUGCACCAACACGCAUGGCAGCUACAGUUGCAUCUGCGUCAAUGGGUGGGCGGGCAGCGAUUGCAGCCAGAACAUUGACGAUUGCCAGCAGGCGGCUUGCUUCAAUGGCGCCACCUGCAUCGAUGGCGUUGGCAGCUUCUAUUGCCGCUGCACGGCGGGCAAAACGGGACUGCUGUGCCAUCUGGACGAUGCAUGCACCUCAAAUCCUUGCCAUGCCGAUGCCAUAUGCGAUACCAGUCCCAUUAAUGGCAGCUAUGCCUGCAGCUGCGCCACUGGCUACAAGGGCGUCGACUGCUCCGAGGACAUAGACGAGUGCGAUCAGGGCUCACCCUGUGAACAUAACGGCAUAUGCGUGAAUACGCCCGGAUCGUUUGUGUGCAAUUGCUCGCAAGGAUUCACCGGACCACGCUGCGAGACAAACAUCAACGAAUGCGAGUCGCAUCCGUGCCAGAACGAGGGCAGCUGCCUGGACGAUCCCGGCACCUUCCGCUGCGUUUGCAUGCCCGGAUUCACUGGCACCCAAUGCGAAAUCGAUAUCGAUGAAUGCCAAUCGAAUCCCUGCCUGAACGGCGGCAUUUGCCACGACAAGAUCAAUGGAUUCAAAUGCGGCUGCGCGCUCGGAUUCACAGGGACGCGCUGCCAAACCAACAUCGAUGACUGCCAGUCCCAGCCGUGUCGCAACAAUGGCAUUUGCCAUGAUCUCAUUGCCGGCUACAGCUGCGAGUGUCCGCCCGGCUACACUGGCGCCAGCUGCGAGGUGAACAUCAAUGACUGCGACUCGAAUCCGUGUCAUCGCGGCAAGUGCAUCGAUGGCGACAAUAGCUUCAAGUGUCUAUGUGAUCCCGGCUUUACGGGUUAUCUAUGCCAGAAGCAGAUCAACGAAUGUGAAUCGAAUCCCUGCCAGUUUGGUGGCCAUUGUGUGGAUCGUGUGGGCAGCUAUUUGUGCCAUUGUCUGCCCGGCACCAGCGGCAAGAACUGCGAGAUUAAUGUCAACGAAUGCCACUCGAAUCCUUGCAACAAUGGCGCCAGCUGCAUCGAUGGCAUCAAUAGCUACAGCUGCCAAUGCGUGCCCGGCUUCACCGGUCCGCACUGCGAGCUCAAUGUGGACGAGUGUGCGUCGAGUCCGUGCGCCAACAAUGGCGUGUGCAUUGAUCUGGUCAAUGGCUACAAGUGCGAGUGUCCGCGCGGCUUCUACGACGCGCGCUGCCUGAGCGAUGUGGACGAGUGUGCGUCGAGUCCGUGCGUGAACGACGGACGCUGCGAGGAUGGCAUCAACGAGUUCAUAUGCCACUGCCCGCCCGGCUACAUGGGCAAGCGCUGCGAGCAGGACAUAGACGAGUGCGCCAGCAAUCCUUGCCAGCAUGGCGGCAGCUGCUUCGACAAGCUCAACGCCUUCAGCUGCCAAUGCAUGCCCGGAUACACGGGACACAAGUGCGAGACGAACAUAGACGACUGCCUGAGCAAUCCCUGCGCCAAUGGCGGCACCUGCAUAGACAAAGUGAAUGGCUACAAAUGCGUGUGCAAAGUGCCCUACACGGGCGCCAAUUGUGAGUCGCAGCUGGAUCCGUGCGCGAGCAAUCGCUGCCGCAACGAGGCCAAGUGCACGCCCAGCGCAAAUUUCUUGGACUUCAGCUGCAGCUGCAAAUUGGGAUACACAGGACGCUACUGCGACGAGGACAUCGAUGAGUGCGCGUUUAGUUCGCCUUGUCGCAAUGGCGCCAGUUGCUUGAAUGUGCCCGGGAGCUAUCGCUGCUUAUGCACCAAAGGCUACGAGGGACGCGACUGCGCCAUAAACACCGACGACUGCGCUUCGUUUCCUUGCCAGAAUGGCGGCACCUGCUUGGACGGCAUUGGUGACUUUAGUUGUCUGUGCGUCGACGGCUUCGAUGGCAAACACUGUGAGACGGACAUCAAUGAAUGCCUGAGCAUGCCUUGCCAGAAUGGCGCCACCUGUCGGCAGUAUGUGAAUAGUUAUACCUGCACUUGUCCGCUCGGCUUUAGCGGCAUCAAUUGCCAAACCAACGAUGAGGAUUGCACCGAGUCGAGCUGCCUGAACGGCGGCAGUUGCAUCGACGGCAUCAAUGGCUACAACUGCAGCUGCUUGGCCACCUACAGCGGCGCCAAUUGCCAGUACAAGCUGAACAAAUGCGACUCCAAUCCUUGCCUCAAUGGCGCCACCUGCCACGAGCAGCGCGACGAGUACACCUGCCAUUGUCCCAGCGGCUUUACGGGCAAGCAGUGCGGCGACUAUGUCGACUGGUGCGCCCAAUCUCCAUGUGAAAACGGCGCCAGCUGCUCCCAGCUCAAGCAUCAGUUCAGCUGCAAAUGCGCGCCCGGCUGGACGGGCAAGCUGUGCGAUGUGCAAACCAUUAGCUGCCAGGAUGCGGCGCUGCGCAAGGGACUGAGCGUCAAGCAGCUGUGCAACAAUGGCACAUGCAAGAAUCAUGGCAACAGCCAUGUGUGCUACUGCCAGCAAGGCUAUGCCGGCAGCUACUGCCAGCAGGACAUCGACGAGUGCGCCUCACAGCCUUGUCAACAUGGCGGCAGUUGUCGCGACCUGGUGGGCGCCUACGAGUGCAGCUGUCGUCAAGGCUUUCAGGGACAAAACUGCGAGCUCAACAUAGACGACUGCGCGCCCAAUCCUUGCCAGAAUGGCGGCACCUGCCACGAUCUGGUGCAGGGCUUCAGCUGCAGCUGUCCACCCGGCACGCUGGGCAUCAUAUGCGAGCUCAAUCACGACGACUGCGUGCAGGGCGCUUGUCAUAACAAUGGCAGCUGCAUAGAUCGCGUCGGUGGCUUCGAGUGCGCCUGCCCGCCCGGGUUUGUGGGCGCGCGCUGCGAGGGCGACAUCAAUGAGUGCUUGAGCAAUCCUUGCGCCAAUGCGGGCACUCUGGACUGCGUGCAGCUGGUGAACAACUAUCAUUGCAAUUGCCGUCCUGGGCACAUGGGCAGACACUGCGAGCAUAAGGUGAACUUUUGUGCGCAGAGUCCUUGUCAGAAUGGCGGCGUGUGCAGCACCAAGCAGGCGGGUCAUCAUUGUCUAUGCGGCGAGGGUUUCUAUGGCAAGAACUGCGAGUUUAGUGGCCAGGACUGCGACUCGAAUCCGUGUCGUGCGGGUCAGUGCAGCAUUGACGAUGCCGGCGGCUAUCGCUGCGAGUGCACGCGCGGCACUGCGGGCCAGCACUGCGAGCAGGACACGCUGGACGAGUGUGCGUCCAAUCCUUGCCAGCAGCGCGCCAGCUGCAUCAAUUUGCUGGGCGACUACGAGUGCCUGUGCCCGGCCAAAUGGACGGGCAAACGCUGCGAAAUCUACGAUGCCAGCUACGCAGGCACCACGCGACGCGCACAUGCCACGCCCACGCUGGGGCUGGAGCAGUUUGCUGCUGAUUUGCAGCAGCAGCGUGAGCUGUGCGAGCAGCGCGGCUGCAAUGAGAAGCAAAGCAACGGGGUGUGCAAUCCCGAGUGCAAUUCCUAUGCGUGCAACUUCGAUGGCAACGACUGCUCGCUGGGCAUCAAUCCGUGGGCCAAUUGCACAGCCAACGAGUGCUGGCGCGUGUUCAUGGAUGGGCAAUGCAACGAGGAGUGCAACAAUGCCGCGUGUCUCUACGACGGACGCGACUGCGAGCAGAAGCUCAAGCGUUGCGCGGAUAUAUUCGAAACCUAUUGCCAGAAGCACUACGGGGAUGGGCACUGCGAUUAUGGCUGCAACAAUGCCGAGUGCAGCUGGGAUGGGCUGGACUGCGAGGUCAAAGAGCAAUCGCCGCAGCUUGCCGAGGGCGCCAUGUCUGUCGUAAUGCUCAUGGACAUGCAUCAGUUUCGGCAGCAGCAGGCGCAGUUUUUGCGCGAAAUGAGCCACGUGCUGCGCACCACUGUGCGCGUCAAGAAGGACGCACUGGGCAACGACAUGAUCUUUAGCUGGAAGGGCGCUGCGCGCUUGCCAGACAUACAGGACACGGAUUUCGGGCGCAAGCACAAGAUUCUGUACACCGAACGCAAUGGCCAGACGGGCAUACAAAUCUAUUUGGAAAUCGAUAAUCGCAAGUGCACCGAGUGCUUCAAUCGCGCCACCGAAGCGGCAGAGUUCCUGGCCGCCAGUGCGUCCAAGCACACAUUUGCCAAUCGCUAUCCCAUCUACAGUGUGCGCGGCGUGCAGAAUCCCGGCGAGGAUGACACGCUGGCGGAGCCAGCAAAUGUUAAAUACGUCAUCACUGGCAUCAUUUUGGUUAUUUUGGCUUUGGCAUUCUUCGGCAUGGUGCUGAGCACGCAGCGCAAGCGCGCACAUGGCGUCACUUGGUUCCCCGAAGGUUUUCGUGCGCCCGCCGCUGCUGUCAUGUCGCGCCGGCGACGCGAUGCGCUGGGCCAGGAAAUGCGCAAUCUGAACAAGCAGCAGGGCUUGAGUUCGCAGCAGGCGGCGCAUCUAGCGCAACUGCCGCCCAGUGUGGCGCACUGGUCGGACGAUGAAUCCGAUUUGCCGCAAGCCAAGCGACAGCGCCAGCUCAACGAGAAUACAGGCAGCGUUGCCUACGCCAGUGAUCACACCAUGGUGAGCGAGUAUGAGGAGGCGGAUCAGCGUGUUUGGUCGCAGGCGCAUUUGGAUGUGGCCGAUGUGCGCGCCAUUAUGACGCCGCCGGCGCAUCAGGAUGGCAACAAACUGGAUGUGGACGCACGUGGUCCGUGCGGUCUAACGCCCCUAAUGAUUGCCGCUGUGCGCGGCGGCGGCCUCGAUAGCGGCGAGGACAUUGAAAUCAACGAGGACAGCACUGCGCAGGUCAUCAGCGAUUUGCUCGCCCAGGGCGCCGAGCUGAAUGCCACCAUGGAUAAGACUGGCGAAACGUCGCUGCAUUUGGCCUCGCGCUAUGCGCGCGCCGACGCCGCCAAGCGACUGCUCGAUGCUGGCGCCGAUGCCAACUGCCAGGACAAUACCGGACGCACCCCGCUGCAUGCCGCAGUCGCCGCCGACGCCAUGGGCGUGUUCCAAAUACUGCUGCGCAAUCGUGCCACCAAUUUAAAUGCGCGCAUGCAUGACGGCACCACACCCUUGAUACUUGCCGCACGCUUGGCUAUCGAGGGCAUGGUCGAGGAUUUGAUUACCGCCGAUGCGGACAUUAAUGCCGCCGAUAAUUCCGGCAAGACGGCGCUGCAUUGGGCAGCGGCUGUUAACAAUACCGAGGCGGUCAACAUACUGCUCAUGCAUCAUGCCAAUCGGGAUGCGCAGGAUGACAAGGACGAGACGCCGCUGUUUCUGGCCGCACGCGAGGGCAGCUACGAGGCCUGCAAAGCGCUGCUCGAUAACUUUGCCAAUCGCGAGAUUACCGAUCAUAUGGAUCGCCUGCCGCGCGACGUGGCCAGCGAGCGACUGCAUCAUGAUAUUGUGCGUCUGCUGGAUGAGCAUGUGCCGCGCUCCCCACAAAUGCUCAGCAUGACAACGCCGCAGUCCAUGAUUGGCUCCCCACCGCCGGGACAGCAGCCGCAGCUCAUAACCCAGCCCACUGUCAUUGCCGGCGGCGGCAAGCAGAGCAGCCAGUCGGCCAAGCAAAAGGCCGCCAAGAAGGCCAAACUCAUCGAGGGCAGCAGUCCCGAUGCUGCCGCCGCUUUGGAUGGCCCGCCCAUGGGCAGUCUGCGUCGCAAGGCGAGCUCAAAAAAGGGCAAUAGCAACAAUAACAACAACAACAACAAUAAUGGCAGCAGCGCUGCCUCAAAAAAGGCUCUGCAUGCAGCGCAGCUCCUGAGCGCCGUUAGCAGCGCCGAUCUGGAGUCGCCACCACCACCACCGAAUGGAGUAGGAGCUGGCGCUGGUGCUGUCUCAUCCGUUGCCAAUGGCAAUCUGGUGAAUCUGCCCAGUCCGUAUGACACCAGCUCCAUGUAUACCAAUGCCAUGGCCGCGCCACCCAAUGGCACCACCAAGCAGCCGCCCAGCUACGAGGACUGCAUCAAGAACGCACAGUCCUUGCAAUCCCUGCAGGCCAACAGUCUGGACAUGAUCAAGCUGGAGAACUAUGGCUACUCGCUGGGCUCGCCCUUUCAGCAGGAGAUGCAGCUGAAUGGCCAGGCCAUGGGCAUGAACGGAGCUCGCAGCACGAACACGCUCUGCGGCCUGGGACUGGUGGGUGCGCCCAAUGGGGGCCACGAGCAAGGACUCAGUCCGCCCUAUUCGAAUCAAUCGCCCCCGCAUUCCGUGCAGAGCAGUCUCGCGCUCUCGCCCCAUGCCUACCUAGGCUCUCCAUCGCCGGCCAAGUCGCGGCCCAGUUUGCCCACAUCGCCGACGCAUAUUCAGGCGAUGCGGCAUGCCACACAGCAGAAGCAAUUUGGCAGCAAUCUGAACAGUCUGCUGGGCGGCAAUGGCAACGGUCAGGUCGGACCACAGAGCUCGCCGGUUAGCCUGGGCAUUAUAUCGCCCACAGGCAGCGACAUGGGCAUUAUGCUGGCGCCACAGUCCUCCAACAAUGCUAAGAGCAGUGCAAUAAUGCAAACGCUGUCGCCACAACUGCAGCAGCAACAGCAGCAGCAGCAGCAGCAACAGCAACAACAACAGCAGCAACAGCAGCAGCAGCAACAACAGCAGCAGCAACAACAGCAGCAGCAGCAACAGCAGCAGCAACAAGCAAUGGGCGGUUUGGAAUUCGGUUCAGCCGGUUUGGACUUGAAUGGAUUUUGUGGAUCUCCGGACUCAUUUCACUCGGGUCAAAUGAAUCCGCCUUCAAUACAAAGUUCAAUGUCGGGCUCGUCGCCAUCGACCAACAUGUUGUCGCCAUCGUCGCAGCAUAAUCAGGCCUUCUAUCAGUACCUAACGCCGCCCAGCCAGCAUUCCGGCGGACAUACGCCACAGCAUCUGGUGCAGACGCUCGAUAGCUAUCCCACGCCAUCGCCGGAGUCGCCCGGCCAUUGGUCCUCCUCAUCGCCGCGCAGCAAUUCCGAUUGGUCCGAGGGCGUGCAAUCGCCGGCGGCCAACAAUCUUUACAUAUCCGGCGGACAUCAGGCCAACAAGGGCUCCGAGGCCAUUUACAUCUGACAUAGAAGCAACUAGUUAACUAAACCCGAGAGAGCAACACACACACACACACACACACACACAUACAUAUACAUAUAUAUUUAGUUUAAGUGUCCUCUGUCUUUGGCGGUUCUGUUUUGUGCUCUUUUAAAGAGCCAACCGCCCCCUCCACGCCCCUUGCAAGCCAGCAAACGUUUUUUGACUUUUAACACAUAAUUAUUUUUAUUAUUAUGAUGAUGAUGCUGAUCAAUGAUUUUUUUUUUUCGAAGU